AGAAACCAAACCAUCAUCUCCACCUUCCUACUUACCGGCUUCUCUGAGCACUCACAGCAACAGCCUCUCCUGCUCACACUCUUCUUGGGGAUGUACCUGGUCACCCUGUUGGGGAACCUGUCCAUCAUCCUGGCCAUUGUCUCUGACCAGCACCUCCACACACCCAUGUACUUCUUCCUCGCCAACCUGUCCUUCAUCGAUACCUGCUUCACCAGCACCAUUGUCCCCAAAAUGCUGACCAGCAUCCAAACCAAACAUCACACCAUCUCCCGCACCGCGUGCCUUCUGCAGAUGUAUUUCUUCAUGACACUGGCCAUGGCCGAUGACUUCCUGUUGACCGUGAUGGCCUAUGAUCGCUAUGUGGCCAUCUGCCUUCCUCUACACUACAACACUGUCAUGUGUCCCCAAAGAUGCCUGUCACUGGUGGCCACAUCCUGGCUCUCCUCCAACCUCCUGGCCUUUCCGCUCACACUCCAGAUGGCUCGGGCCUCUUUCUGUGCCUCCCGUUCCAUUCCACACUUUUUUUGUGAUCUUCUCCCACUCCUCAAGCUUGCCUGCUCAGACACCCACACCUUUCAGCUCACGAUGUUUGCUGACGUUGUCCUCGCAGGUGUGGUCCCUCUCACCUGUAUCCUGGUCUCCUAUGGCCACAUCGUGCACACCAUCCUCAGGAUCCCCUCUGCAGGUGGGAAGCGUAAGGUCUUUUCAACCUGCGGCUCACACCUGACAGUGGUCACUCUGUUCUACGGAACUGUCUUUCUGGUGUAUUUCCAGCCAUCAUCCUCCUACUCUGCAGACACUGGAAUGGUGGCAUCGAUUAUUUACACAAUGGUCACCCCCAUGCUUAACCCUUUUAUCUACAGCUUGAGGAACAAGGACAUGAACAGAGCUUUGUGGAAACUGUUUGGCUUGGGGAAACACCGUAAUCUGUAA